GAUGCUUCUCAUUUAUUCUUCUCUCUCCCAACUGCCUGAACCCAUUACUUUGACUUCCCCAGAAUACCGACACUAUCAAUCUUUUCUCUUACCUAAGGUACGUUCGUAAUGCUCUGAUUCUCCCCCAAGAAUUCUUCGAGUGGCCUGGACAACCUGAAAACCCAGUGCUGAGGGGUAGAGGUGCGGGGUUGUUUGAACCAAACUACCUUACCUAUCAGCUACAUCCCAGCCACCGCUGUAUAACAUACCACCUACCACCUUUCUCAUUUGGAAACUGGAUAUAAUUGAACAGUCUGCUAACGGUUAAGCUCACAGAGUCAAUAACUCCAAACGACUCAAUUCCAUAGAAUCAGACCACAACAGAAGCAGCCAACCUUUUGAGCCAACUCUUCUCCCUCAAUACGAGACAAGUUCCAGCUAGACAACAUGGUCCAAGCCGACAGCCUUCCUUCGUGGAGCAAGCUUCAAAAGCACCACAAUGAAGUUGGACGAGGAUUCGUUCUCAAGGACGAGUUCAAAAAGGAUGCUUCCCGAUUCGAGAAGUUUUCCUACAAAUUCGACAAUACAGCGGAUAAGUCGGAGAUUCUUUUCGAUUUCUCCAAGAACUUAGUCACCGAGGAAACACUAGCCCUUCUAGUUCAGAUCGCCAAGGAGGCCAAGCUGGAGGAGCUCCGUGAUGCCAUGUUCAGCGGCGAACACAUCAACUCUACCGAAGACAGAGCCGUUCUGCACGUGGCUCUCAGAAAUGUCGCCAGUGAGCCCAUCUUGGCCAAUGGAGCUGAUGUUAUGCCAGGCGUGAAUAAGGAGUUGGAACACAUGAAGGAGUUCAGUGAAGCUAUUCGAAGCGGCCAGUGGAAGGGCUACACUGGCAAGCCACUUACCACCAUUAUCAACGUUGGUAUUGGUGGUAGUGAUCUGUGAGUUCUGAGAUGCCGAGGAAGGAAUGACCAGAAGCUAACUUAUAAAAGUGGCCCGGUUAUGGUAACAGAGGCCUUGAAGUUUUAUGGUGACCGAAAACUGACUCUCCACUUCGUCUCCAACAUUGAUGGUACCCAUAUGGCCGAGGCUUUAAGAGAAUCAGACCCAGAGACAACACUUUUCUUGAUUGCUUCAAAGACCUUCACCACCGCCGAGACCACCACUAACGCUCAGUCUGCCAAGGAUUGGUUUUUGAAGGAGACUGAUGGAAAGGGCGACAUCGCUAAGCAUUUCGUUGCUCUUUCUACCAAUGAAGCUGAAGUGACCAAAUUCGGCAUUGACGCGAAGAACAUGUUUGGAUUCGAAAGUUGGGUUGGCGGAAGAUACAGUGUAUGGUCAGCUAUCGGCCUCAGUGUGGCAAUUUACAUUGGAUACGAGAACUUCCAUGAGUUUUUGUCUGGAGCCCACGCUAUGGAUACCCACUUCAGAAAAACCCCACUGGAGCAGAACAUUCCAGUCAUUGCUGGACUUCUGAGCGUUUGGUACUCCAAUUUCUUUGGAGCCCAAACACACUUGGUCUCACCGUAAGUAACACUUCCUCCGCUCAGGUGCAUUUCCGUGAUACUGAUGCUCGUAGAUUUGACCAAUACCUACACCGAUUCCCAGCUUACCUUCAACAACUUUCCAUGGAAUCAAACGGAAAGGCUGUUUCUCGUGACAACAACAUGGUCAAAUACACAACGGGCCCAAUCUUGUUCGGUGAACCAGCUACCAACGCCCAGCACUCGUUUUACCAACUCCUUCACCAGGGAACCAAGUUGAUCCCAACCGACUUCAUCAUUGCAGCCGAGUCGCAUAACCCCAUUGCCAAUGGCAAACACCAGAAGAUGCUUGCUUCCAACUUUUUUGCUCAAGCAGAAGCCUUGAUGGUUGGAAAAGGUGAUGAAGAGCUGAAGGCUGAGAACACGCCAGAAACUUUGGUGAAGCACAAGACUUUCUUGGGUAACCGUCCAACAACCUCCAUUAUCGCGCAAAAGAUCACCCCAGGUACCCUUGGUGCACUUAUUGUUUACUACGAACACCUUACUUUCACCGAGGGCGCGAUAUGGAACAUCAACUCCUUCGAUCAAUGGGGUGUUGAGCUUGGCAAGAGUCUGGCCAAGAAGAUCCAGGCUGAGCUUGAUGAGCCAGGUGUGCCGUCUGGUCACGAUGCUAGCACUGGUGGAUUGAUUGCUGCUUUCAAGGCAAAAGCAGGUCUUUUGAAAGGUGACAGCAAGAUCUAAGUGACUGUUCUAGG